CCCUGGAAGGUCAGCCCCUCGGAGGCGCUGCGGAUCGCCCCUGGGGAACUGGGCUCAAAAGCACGGGGCGGGGCGCCAACAGCUCUGGACUUCGGUUCAGGGCUGAUUCUUGCAGAUGUGAGACCCCCACCUCGGGCCUCCCUCGCUCCAUCCUGCAGAAGUAGGGAGGCAACCGCGAGCGCUCGUGGGCGUUCCGCCGAGCCCCGCCCUCGGGGGUGGGGCUGGGAGCAGUCACGUGGAGGGGCGCCCGGGCCCCCCGAGCCCCGCCCCGCCCCGCCCCCAGGCUCCCGGCCCUCCACUCGGUCCGGAUCUGGAGAUCUGGAGCCCAGAGCGCAGAGCCAGCCGAAGGCGCCGCGCCGGCUCGGGCUCCGCCGCCGACACCCGGCUGCUGAGGUCGCCGCGAGGGUUCGGGGACGCCUGCUCACUGCGUGGCUUCUCCCGGCCAGCUGUGCAGGCGGCUGGACCAGCAGCAGCGGCGAGGACUCGAGCGCGGGCUGCAGCAGCGACACCAUGGACCUGUCCUUUAUGGCCGCACAGCUGCCCAUGAUGGGAGGCGCCUUCAUGGACUCGCCCAACGAGGACUUCAGCACUGAGUACUCCCUCUUCAACUCCUCCAACAACGUCCACGCCGCCUCCAACGGCCAGGGCCAGCCGGAGGAGCCCCCGAGGUCCUCCAACGACGCCGUCCUGCUCUGGAUCGCCAUCAUAGCGACGCUGGGGAACAUCGUGGUGGUGGGGGUGGUGUAUGCCUUCACCUUCUGAGCCGAGGGAGCUCCGGGACGGCUCACCCCGCCUCGGGCUCACAGCCGGGCGCGGUCACCUUGGCCCCUGGCCGCACCCACGUUCUAGAACCAGGCGUCCUGACCCAGGCACACCGCCCCUCCAAGGGGAGCCGCCAUGCGUCUGGAUGUUCCCCCAGCAGCCCUGAUCUCAGAUCCUCCACGCUGUGGUCCAGCUGAUCCAGACGAUAAGGGGUCACGGGUUUCCAGCUCCUGGAGACAUGAGGGGGCCAAGCCUUGGAGGAGCAGAGUGGGGAGUUCUUGAAAGUGCAUUCCAAGGACAUGCGGCUGGAGGGAACGGCCAGUUUGGUUUGAUGACACGGAUAUGGUUGGAUGAUCAGUUGCUGGAAGACAGCGGUCACCGCUGUGUCUUCUUUUGAUGCAGACUUCUCACACCUGAGCGUGAGGGCGCGUGCAGCCCUCCAAACUGGAGUGUGCUUGCCCCCCGUCUGGUGUCCUGAUCAGCCCCUCGGAAUAUUGGUGGCAGUCCCUUGAAGGGACCUAGAACAUUCUUCACUUGACUUAGAAAUGGCAACGUUGUUAUCAGACACCUGACCCUUUGUGAAACCCAAGGAUGAGGGGUUACUGGUGACGUGGAUUUUGGGGGUGGUGGCAGCAGUGGUUUUUAUCUGUGGGGUGGACACUCUUCUUUUGAAAGAGAGCAGAAGGUUACCUUGAAAAAUUAGAUCUGCCAAGCCGAUACCUCUCUGGCCACCUGCCGAAGAUGCUCUUUCUUCUCUGAGAAAUCACAGAGCUUUAGAGAUGAAGGAGGCAUGUGUGCACCUCGUUGUUUGGCAGGGAGAGGAGGAGGGGCAGGGCUGCCUGUGGUCCCAGGCACAUUAAGGCAGGGAUCAGAGUGGGAGGGAUAUUUUCUGCCUGUCCUCUCUCAGGGCUGCCUGUGUCCCAGCUAAGCGCUGUCUGGAUCAGAUUCCUGGCUCUCAGCUGCCUUGAGGAGCCUAUCCAGAGGGUCCUGAAGCUGUGAGCAGGGUGGGCGGGGCGCUAAGACACCCUCAUGCUAGACUCAGUUUGGCUACUGUAUGUUCUUGCAGGGGUGAGUCGGUUUUCUGACUCGCUUGGAAGUCAGUGGCUGGGGGGCUGCAAAUCUGGGAGCCGCCUCACUGUUGAGACCAGAGCAGGUUGGGAUGUGCCAGGGCCAGGGUGGGGGCAGAGGAGGGGGAGUGGGCAGGAUCAGAACAGGCUCACUUCUCAUCCAUCCUCAGGCAAGUUCAGGGCCCAGAGCCCCGCUUCUUGAGACAGCCCUCCCUGUGCCCCCAAGGGCGCCAGGAGCUCAGACAUGGGCUCGCUUGCCCACAGGCCAGGCGCGGGUUUUUCCCUGGCUUCCUCCCUGCGCUGCACAAAAGAAAAGAGAUGGCAGAGUUCCCGCGGUGGCUCACUAGGUUAAGAACCCACCUAGUAUCCCUGAGGAUGUGGGUUUAAUCCCUGGCCUCGCUCAGUGGGUUAAGCAUUCAGCUUUGCUUCAGGCUGUGGUGUAGGUCACAGAUGUGGCUCAGAUCUGGCGUUGCUGUGACUGCGGCCCAGGCCAGCAGCCGCAGCUCCAAUUCCACCCCACCCCAGCCUGGAAACUUCCAUAAGCCUCGGGUGUCACCGUAAAAAGAAAAAAGAAAAAAGAAAUAAAAUAGAUGGCACGAACUCCCUCUCUGUAGCUGACAAAGUUAAAAGACUGGUAAAGAAAGCCUAAUGCAUAUUCGGAGACAGUGGCCAAAAGGCUGAAUUUCUCCCUGUGGCCUCAGGAGAAAUGAGUGUCCUUGUUGACAGGCAAAGGGACAUCUGAAUUGUCCAGAGGCAGCGACUCGUCCCUGGAAGCCUGGCGCUGAGCUGCUGUGAUAACAGGAUUAUCAGCCUGACCUCCAGACAGCACUGGCAAAGGCUGCCAGCUCCUCUGGGCCGCAUCUGUCACUGCCGCCUAUGUCCCUCUGCACACGCCUCAGCCCCAGGAGCAGUCAUAAGCAUAGAGAGCUAGCGUGACCUCUGCGGAGCACAAGGAGGGAUGUGGCCCCCUCUUCCUGGACUCCUUCUGGAAUCACUAAUGGGCCCUGCUGUCUGCAGGCGGGACAGGGUGGUGGCCGUGGCGAGCAUGGUCAGGUGUUUUAGGGACCUUCUUGUCCAAACGUGCCCUCACGGGGAUCUCAGUGACCUGCUCAAAGUCCCUCCAGCCCCAGCUCCAGUGGUUUCUUUAACUCGUUCCCCAGUCGCUCAAGGAACAGGAUCACAGGGCACGUUAGGUUUCCAGCGGGCGUGAGCCGCCCCCUCCCUCCUGCCCAAGUUGGGGUUCUGUCCUGGCUGUUCAGUGAAGGCCACGAGAGCGGACCUCCUCGCUGGAGUCUUGUGUCCAAGCCCUGUGCCAGGUUUACUCCUUCCAAGUUCAGAGCACCUUUGCUCCAAGACACAGGUCAAGAGCCAGAAGCUUGGAGCAUCGGAAUAACUUGGCCGAGGCCACACAGCGCCAACGUGAUGCGCAGGUUGAACCUGAGCCUUACAGUUCUGAAGCCAGGCUCUUUCAGGAACACGUUCUGCCUUCAGUGGUUGGGUGGCAUUUCCAGGGCACACUGAAACCAGGCCCUGAGUCUACAGAGGCCGUUUCUCAAGGUCCCCUGUCCUGGUGUGGCCUGGGUCAGCUCUGGCUUCUGCAGGUGGAAGUCUCUGACAGCCUUUGGGGGGGAGGGGUGUUGCUCAUCCCCCUCCCUGCCCAGGCUUCAGGGGUGGGGGUUCUUGUGGCCUGUCCCCCCCCCCAAAGUUGAACACAAGCCUCUUUGCAUGGCCAGAGAAGUUUCCAGAGACCAGAUUUCUCAGGACACAUGCAGAAGGGUCCUGGAGCCCCACAGAGGGGCCUCCACGAGGCAUGAGGUUCAUGCAGCCAGAGUAGAUGACAGCCCUGGGAUGGCCUGUGUUGCAGGCUGGGCCCCCGCCCUGGCUUCUGGUCUUGCGCCGAGCCCCAGGGUGCUCCCGAGCUGGCCGGGAUGAAUGCUGCUGUCUCAGACCCCAGCCUGGGGCACCGAUGUGGCUUCUCCUGGGUGGGGCUGGCCCCUGAGCCCACCUUGGCUUGAUGAGCUGGGGCUGUAGAAGGAGGGGCUUGCCUCUUUAGCAUCUGCUCCUCAGAGAAGGGGUCCUACAUUUGCUGGAACGUUCCCUGUCCUUGCUGCUCUGCACGCCCCUCCAUUGCCCCUCUGCAAACCGUGAUCCCGCACCUGUGUGUUCACUUGCUUUAUGAGGUUAGGAGCUGCGGUCCCAGGGGCCUUGGAGGAGUGGCCAGGCCAGACGACACUUCAGCUGGUGGUGUCCCAAGGGGAUUCUGCCUCUAGAGGUACCUCGAGAGAUCAGCACUCUGCAGGGUCCUUCUCUGUGGUUCCUGCCCCUCCCCUUUUCCAAGGGAUCAAGGUCAGGAAGCAAAUGAGAUUCCCUGGUCCCCAUCUCCCUCCCACCCCCCACCCAGAGAAAGAUGCUUUUAUGUCCUUUCAGGCGUUCCCCAGGAGCCGAGGAAGAAAGGCAGGGAAGACAGGCUAGGACCACUUGGCUGGAGAAACAACAGGCCAUUUUCCAGCUGGAUCUAAAUGAAAGAUUUGGCAGCCUGUCAGCCCACAGCAUCCGCCAGAAUCCCUCCCUGGGGACUGGCGAGACUCAGCCGCUAUCUGCAGUGCCGCCUGCGCCUUCCAGACGAAGGGUCCUCCCCUCCUCCCUGAGCUUGACCUUCCCGCUGUUAUUAGCAGUGACGUCACUAACAAUGAUUAUUCUUCCUGCAGUUAUUAUCAUGCACCUUCUUCGUGCUGUGUGCCAUUCGUAUCUCAUUUAUUUCUCAAAUCACCCCUCGGGGGCAGGAGAGAGGUGCACAGCAGUUACAUUUUUUUUCUGUUGAGAAAGAGGAGGCCAGGCUAUAUGCCUGAGAACCUACGGCUGAGGAGCCGUGAUUCAGACCCGGCCCUGUUGGCUCUGCAGGUUGCACGGUUACCCUGCAUCUCCCUGCAUCCACACCCCCUGUGAUGAGCCCUCUGGGAUGGACCAGCCAGAGGCCUCUGAGGCUGGGCUGUUCUGGUCCUGGAGAGCGAAUUUCGAGGGUGAGUCCCAGAAAGGAGCUGGCUGCAGUUCCCAGGGAUUUAUCAGUCUGAGAACCUCGCAAUGGCAAGAGGUCUUAGAGGGCGUUUAAUCAGGACCUAAACUUUCAGGAGGGCAGCUGGGACCACGUGGUAAAUUAGUGGAGAGUGGACAGGUCUUCGGAUGCCUGGCCCAGCUUGCUGUGCAUUUGCUAGGGAACAGGGGUAUGGCCGUGGGGGUGGGGGGCUGGAUUUCCAGCCCCAGCCCUGGGACAGGCAUUGUGUUCUCUGCCAGAUGUCACCUGGCCCCCUUCACCAUGUCCUGGGAAAAUGCCCUAUGUCCCCAAGUCCUGGGUGGGCAGGGCUGCCGUGACCUGGAAGCCCUAGGAGGGGUGCUCCUCGCCAAACCCCAAAAGUCCAGGGUCCACCCGGCCCACCUCCUUUGCCCCAUCUGCUCCACGGACCCCUGACCUCGGUCGUGUGGUGAUCAAGACAGGUGAGAGGCGGGGUGACUGAGCCCUGAGGGCCCACAGGAACAGAGUCUGUCACCUCCAAGCGGAAAAAGAGGCUACUCCAAGAAAUCCAAGUGAUCAGAAUUCAGUGGUGGCCUGGUGUCCUCAGCAAGUGACUUCUGAGAUUAGACUUUGAGCAUUUUCUUUCCCUUUUUUGUGGGGGAGGGGGGAGCAGGGACACGGGCCAGGGACAAAGCAGUGCAAACCUUUGCGAAUAAAGGGAGGAAAGGCCCCCUGCCACCGCCCCUGAGAGAGAAAACAAAACGGCAGUUACAAUGGAGUGGUCAAAAGUACCCAAAAUUGGAGUUCCCGUUGUGGCUCAGCAGGUUAAAAACCCAAUGUAGAGUCCAUGAAGAGGCAGGUUCAAUCCCUGGCCUCGCUCAGUGGGUUAAGGAGCCAGCAUUGCUGAGAGCCCUGUGGGGUAGGUCGCAGGUGUGGCUCAGAUCUGGAGUUGCUGUGGCUGUGGCGUAGGCUGGCAGCUGCCCCUCUGAUUCAAACCACAGCCCAGGAACCCCCAUAUGCCACAGGUGCAGCUGUAAAAAGAAACAGGGAAAAAAUACCUACAAUUGACUACAUAAAUUUUGGAAUAUAAUUCUGCAUUGUUUGUACUGAGUCACGGUAAAAGUCAUACAUUUUUGGUAAAGAUAGAUCAUAAAAGCAGAGAAAGCCCUAGGGAGGCUGGAAGAGGCUACACCCUUCCGGGGGGUGGGGGGGGGCAGUAGCUGGCUCCUGCCCUUUGAGCAUCGUGCAGGCUCGCACCUGCCCAGACCUCUCCAACCAAGCCUUUGACGAGGUCCAUUCUCCACUCCUGGCUUCUUGUGCAACCUGUCUUGCUGCCUUCCGGGAGGAGGGUUGAGACUCGUGCUGGCUUGGGAAUAAAUCCUGCCAGUCAGAGGAGGCACAUUUGCAAGGAAUUCAUGUCCCACUGCUGCCAGGGAACUCCAGAGCCUUCCUUCCACACCAAGCCCCCCCCCCACGUUGCUGAGCAGCCCCAGGGGCCCCCGAGUCUGUCUCCUCAGCCAUCUGACAAACUGGACAACCACCAAAUGUACAGUCAUAGCGUUGUCCCAGCAAUCCAGAUAGUUCUGCCUGGGGCCCUGGAAACUGGCAGGAAGGGCCCUUCCAAAUGUUUAUACUUGAGGAGUUCCCAUCGUGGCUCAGUGGUAACAAACCCAACUCGUAUCCAUGAGGAUGCAGGUUCAAUCCCUGGCCUUGCUCAGCGGGUUAAGGAUCUGGCACUGCUAUGGCUGUGGUGUAGGUUGGCAGCUCAGCUCAGAUUCAACCCCUAGCCUGGGAAAUUCCGUAUGCUGCAGGUGUGGCCCUAAAAAAAAAAAAAAAAAAAAAAAAAUUAUGCUCGAGGAGUCUCUGAGAGGUUUGAGGUCAGACUGGUCAGCAGGAGACCUUGGUCUUGAGCCCAGGACAUCGGUCCCUGAACCAUUUCUAUUUCUUAGGAUCGUGCUUUGCAACGGGGGGGGGGGGGCAGUUUUAUCUCCCAAGGGACCUUUGGCCUUGUCUGGAGACAGUUCUGGUUUUCAUGAACUGGGAGGGACGCGUUCUGCUGGCAUCCAGUGCGUAGAAGCCAGAGAGGCUACUGAACAGCCCCCAGGACAAGGAAUUAAUGGUUCCCCAAAUGUGCAUCAUCCCGAGGCUGGAAAACCCUGCCCUGAAUACUGUCAUCUCCGACUCCAAAACCUCGAGAAUCUUCCAAGUCCACUUGCGCAUGCGUGUGCGUCACUGAAUAAAUCAAAGCUCUUCUGAGCUACAGAGGUGAUCACGUUGCUGCCUCAAGUUCCGAUAACUCCAGCCAAGGGCAGCCAUCUGAAAUCUGGCACGUUUUUUUUUUUGAAAUCCACAUGACUCUCCAUCUCCACUCUCCUGGGCUUUUGCGGGCAAUCAGCCUGAAUAGAGAGCCCUGCAAAGUGGGUAUGCGGGUGGGGCUGGACUUGUCCCAGGUCCCCUCACCCAGGAACUGUGUGUCUCUGGGACCUUGGGGGACCUGGCCCCUUGCCAAUACAACCAAGAGGGAAAUUUUAGACGGGGUGGGGGAGGGGCGGGUUGGCUGCUAUGGGCAGACCUAUGUCUUCUCAUGUUUUUGACUUUUUCCCACCCUGUUUGUCCCAGUUGAAAACAUAUUAACACUCUUUCUACCGUUUAAAGUUUCUACUAUUUCAAGUUUUAAACCUUAUUCUUGUAACUAGCCUUUGUCCAGACACCACUUCUUCCUGCCGAGAGACUUGGAAAUGUUUCUGUGUCUUACAAACGUUUUCAUAAUCAACUUGUAAAUGUAAGUCGUUUACUUAAUAAAAAGGUAUUUUAGCUAUUCUUGUAGCCCUUUGCUACUCAAGCCUCCAGGUUUCGCAAUGAAAUCACUAACUUUUACUACAGUGAAAAGGCUAUUUCUUAAGGUAGGGUCUCAAUGUGCCCUUUUGAUUAAAAGUCAUUAACCUAAAUGGGUGUAAAAACGUGGCCGUGGAAUCAUGUCCCUGCGAUGUGGGCACUGUGGCUGUUGUCAUCAUUUUCUAUUAUGAUAAUUAAAAAGAGAAAAUGUUAA